UACCUCGAUGAUGCUUUAAUAAACCAUAUUUCCUAGAGAUAAAAUUACGUAAAUCCAUUAUCUAAGACAUCAAUUUUCUACACCUUAGACUUAAUAGAGUAUAAAUAGUAGAUCGAAAACCGCUGUCUAGUUAGUCGAAGAAGUUGCUCGCCUAAAUCAACUUCCUUUAACGCAACUUUUUGUGCGAAAGAAAAUUGUAUUUGAAAGAAAAAAGACAAAGAAAAAAAGCAAAUAUGAAAAUCACAAUCGUCUUUCUUCUCUGCAUAAUAUAUUGUGCGCUGGACGUUCGCGCAGACGCGAUAGCACUUCUAUGUUCGCAAAAAGCAGGCUUCAAUCUUCCCGAUCUGAAAAGCAUAUACGAAGACAAGAGCGAGGAACAAAUGAAGAAGCUUGGAUGUUUCGAAGCCUGCGUAUUCCAAAAGAUUAAUUUGAUGGACGGUAAUACUUUCAACGUAGAGGAACUCGAGUCUCGCAUUCGAGAACUAACACCCGACAGCUUUACAGAGGAUGUACACGAAAUUAUCGAGCAGUGUAUUAGCGAAGCUGCAGACGAGGACGAAUGCGUGGUUGCCCGAAAAUAUACCGAUUGUGCUUUAAAACAAAUGAAAUUCCUUGAUUCUGAAUUAGAAAAUUUAAGUAAAAAUUAAAGUGUAAUAACUAAUCGACUACUUGGAUGAUCGCAAUCGCAAGAUCGAUCGAAAUUGUACUUAAAUUAGUUGGUAGAAAUAUCAAAUAAAACGAAAAGCAUGCAACCAA